AUGUUUACAUUGCAACCGACUCCUACUGCUAUAGGCAACGUGGUUCCUCCAUGGUCAGCUGGAACAUUAAUAGAGCGUUUGCCGUCUUUAGAAGACAUGUCUCAUAAGGACAAUGUGAUUGCAAUGAGAAAUUUACCAUGUUUGGGUACCGCUGGUGGUAGCGGACUAGGCGGUAUUGCUGGGAAACCUUCCCCUACUAUGGAAGCCGUGGAAGCCAGCACAGCGUCACAGCCCCAUUCGACAUCCUCGUACUUCGCCACAACUUACUACCAUUUAACUGAUGAUGAAUGUCACAGUGGAGUAAAUCAGUUGGGCGGCGUUUUUGUUGGAGGAAGGCCUUUGCCAGAUUCAACACGGCAAAAAAUUGUCGAGCUGGCACAUUCUGGAGCUCGACCCUGUGAUAUUUCCCGAAUUCUACAAGUUUCAAAUGGAUGUGUGAGCAAAAUUCUCGGAAGGUACUAUGAAACAGGAAGCAUACGACCACGUGCUAUCGGAGGAUCCAAGCCACGCGUGGCCACAGCCGAAGUUGUUAGCAAAAUUUCGCAAUACAAGCGCGAGUGUCCUAGCAUAUUUGCUUGGGAAAUUCGGGAUAGAUUACUUCAGGAGAACGUUUGUACUAACGAUAAUAUUCCAAGUGUGUCCUCAAUAAACCGUGUAUUGAGAAACUUGGCUGCGCAAAAGGAGCAGCAGAGCACGGGUUCCGGAAGCUCCAGCACAGGCGCCGGCAACUCGAUUAGUGUAAAAGUGGGCGUCAGCAGCGGGGGAAACGUGAGCAACGGUGCAAGCGGAUCGAGAGGCACGUUAACCUCGUCCACCGAUCUUAUGCAGACAGCCACACCACUUAACUCUUCGGAAAGCGGUGGCGCAAGCAACUCCGGGGAGGGGAGUGAUCAGGAGGCCAUUUAUGAAAAGCUCCGGCUCCUAAAUACCCAGCACGCUGCAGGACCAGGAUCACUAGAACCCGCCCUAGCAGUGCCCUUGGGUCAAGCACCCAAUCACCUAGUAACCCACUCCAGCCACCCUCUUACCCAGCUGGUACACGGUAACCAUCAGGCACUCCAGCAUCAGCAACAACAGAGCUGGCCGCCCCGUCACUAUUCCGGAUCUUGGUAUCCCACCUCUCUGAACGAAAUACCAAUCUCCUCGGCACCCAAUAUCGCAUCUGUUGCGUCGUAUGCAUCAGGACCUUCGCUCACUCAAUCACUGAGUCCACAGAACGACAUCGAAAGCCUGGCCAGUAUCGAUCACCAGAGGAACUGCUCCCUUGCCACGGAGGACUUGCAUCUAAAAAAAGAACUUGAUGGCCAUCAGUCAGAUGAAACGGGCUCCGGUGAAGGUGAAAACUCCAAUGGGGGCGCUUCAAAUAUAGGAAAUAAUGAGGAUGAUCAAGCUCGCCUCAUACUUAAAAGAAAGUUGCAACGCAAUCGAACAUCUUUCACGAACGACCAGAUAGAUAGUCUUGAAAAAGAGUUUGAACGAACACACUAUCCAGAUGUUUUUGCGCGCGAACGUUUGGCUGGUAAGAUUGGUUUGCCAGAGGCAAGAAUUCAGGUUUGGUUCUCAAACCGUCGGGCAAAAUGGCGCCGUGAGGAGAAGCUCCGAAACCAGCGAAGGACACCAAAUUCCACAGGAGCUAGUGGAACUUCGUCCUCAACAUCGGCAUCUGCAUCUUUGACUGACAGCCCUAACAGCCUAAGUGCUGGUUCCUCUUUGCUGUCCGGAUCAGCUGUGGGUCCCUCAGUCAGUACCAUUAAUGGUUUAUCGUCUCCAAACAACACCUUGUCUACUAAUAUUAAUGCUUCCACGCUUGGUGCUGGGAUUGAUGGCUCUGGAAGUCCUACAUUAGUCCCGCACAUUCGGUCCGGCUGCACCUCUGACACUGCCAGUGUUCGUCACAGUGAAGAUUGCAGAAGAGUUGGUUCUCCAUGCCCGCUUGGCAUUGGCGGCCAUCAAAAUACCCAUCAUAUUCAGAGCACUGGUCACAUUCAAGCACAUACACUUGUUCCUACUAUUUCGCCACGACUUAAUUUUAAUAGUGCUGGCUUCGGGGCGAUGUACUCCAACAUUCAUCAUACGGCGUUAUCUAUGAGCGAUUCCUAUGGUGCGGUUACGCCAAUUCCAAGCUUUAACCAUUCAUCCGUCGGUCCGCUGGCUCCGCCAUCGCCAAUACCGCAACAGGGCAAUCUAACGCCUCCCUCGUUAUAUCCGUGCCACAUGGCAGUACGACCGCCUCCUAUGGCUCCCGCUCACCAACACAUCGUUACGGGUGACGGAAGCAGCCCUGCUGGCAGCAGCCUAGGCAGUGCCCAAUCUGGGAAUUCGGGAGCAAACUGCAGCGGACCGGGAUACGAAGUGUUAUCCGCCUACGCAUUGCCGCCGCCCCCUAUGCCGUCGAGCUCUGCUGCUGCUUCAAACUUCUCAGCCGCCUCCAGUACCAGCGCCAAUGGGACCCCUCAUCACACUGCGUCCCAGGAACCAUGCCCCUCCCCUUGUUCUAGCGCGAGUCACUUGGGAGUUGCCCACAGUUCUGGGUUCGCGUCCGACCUGAUUUCACCGGCUGUAUCUUCGUAUGCACAUAUGAGCUACAAUUACGCGUCGUCCAGCAACAACAUGACACCCUCCUCCACCGGGGGUACAGCAGCGCACGUGGCCCCAGGAAAACAACAGUUCUUUGCCUCCUGUUUUUACUCACCGUGGGUCUAAAAACAGUCUGGAGAUUCAGUGAGAAGCACUGUAAAAGGAACUAUUUACAUAGUUCAGCUCUUUCUUAAAGAAAUGACCGAAAUCGAAUUUACAUAUCUCUUGAAAAAUAAUGGAGGUUGUAGAAAAAUGCAUAUGUAUGUAUAAAUUAUAUAGUUCCGCCCAUUAAA